CAACGUUCCAGUCGAUCGCGGCAGUCGAGUGAGUCUGGCUGCAAGGUGAUGAAGCUCCAUGAUGACUUCGCCACGAAAUCACAUCGGAACCCUUCUUGUCGUCUGGCUACUGGAGUUCUCAAUGGUGAUUAGCCAGACUGACACGGGCAAUGCAUUGAUGGAUAUGCUCGAGAUCUAUCGUCGCGGUCAGGCGCAAUUGGAUCUGGAGAAUCUGGACGAGGGUCAGGUCAUAACGACGAAAUAUGAUUUCAUAGUGGUUGGUGCCGGCACAGCUGGUUGUGCCCUAGCCGCGCGACUCUCCGAGAAUCCCCGGUGGCGAGUGCUACUCCUGGAGGCCGGUGGUCCCGAGAACUAUGCCAUGGACAUACCAAUUGUGGCGCAUCUCUUGCAGCUGGGCGAAAUCAACUGGAAGUACAAAACGGAGCCAUCGAAUAGCUAUUGCCUGGCCAUGAACAACAAUCGCUGCAAUUGGCCCAGGGGCAAGGUGAUGGGUGGCAGCUCGGUGCUCAACUAUAUGAUGUACACCAGGGGCAAUCGCCGCGACUACGAUCGCUGGGCACGUUUGGGCAAUCCGGGCUGGAGUUACGAGGAGGUACUACCCUAUUUCAAGAAGUACGAGGGCAGCGUAGUGCCGGAUGCCGAUGAGAAUCUGGUGGGACGCAAUGGGCCGGUGAAGGUGAGCUACUCGGAGACGAGGACUCGCAUCGCAGACGCCUUUGUGGGAGCCACCCAAGAUGCAGGAUUGCCGCGAGGUGACUACAAUGGAGAUAAACAGAUUCGUGUGUCCUAUCUGCAGGCGAAUAUCUACAAUGAGACCCGUUGGAGCUCCAAUCGAGCGUAUCUGUAUCCCAUUAAGGGAAAGCGUCGAAAUCUUCAUGUGAAGAAGAAUGCCUUGGUUACCAAGAUCUUGAUUGAUCCGCAGACGAAAUCGGCAUUUGGUAUAAUCGUCAAAAUGGAUGGCAAAAUGCAAAAGAUUUUGGCCAGAAAAGAGGUCAUUCUAUCGGCGGGUGCCAUCAAUACACCCCAGCUACUGAUGCUCUCCGGCGUGGGACCCGCUAAACAUUUGCGGGAGAUGGGCAUAAAGCCACUGGCCGAUCUGGCCGUUGGCUACAACCUCCAGGAUCACAUAGCUCCGGCUAUCAGCUUCUUGUGCAAUGUGAGUUCGCUGCAAACGAGCGAGAUGUUCCGCUCGGAGGCAAUGUCAGAUUUCCUGAAGGGACGCGGAGUGCUCCGCAUACCGGGUGGUGUGGAGGCCAUAUCAUUCUACGCCCUGGACGAUGCACGUAAUCCCGAUGCUUGGGCCGAUAUGGAACUCUUUGUGGUGGGCGGUGGUUUGCAAACGAAUUUGGCCCUACGUCUGGCAUUGGGCAUCCAAUCGAAUAUCUAUGAGACCAUGUUUGGCGAACUGGAACGCCAGAGUGCCAAUGGCUUUUUGAUAUUCCCGAUGAUUUUGCGCGCCAAGAGUCGCGGUCGCAUCAAGCUGAAGAGCCGAAAUCCCGAGGAGCAUCCACGGAUCUAUGCCAACUACUUCGCAAAUCCCUAUGACAUGAACAUCACAGUUCGCGGCAUCGAGCAGGCAGUAAGUUUACUGGAUAUGCCCGCAUUUAAGGCAAUCGGUGCACACUUAUUAGAAAAGAGAAUACCCAAUUGUGCGAAAUAUAAAUGGAAGAGCAGCGCCUAUUGGGCAUGUUAUGCACGACACUUUACCUUCACCAUUUACCACUAUUCAGGAACCGCCAAGAUGGGUCCUCGAUCGGAUCCCUCGGCGGUGGUGGAUGCCCGACUGCGGGUCCAUGGCAUCGACAAACUGCGCGUUGUGGAUGCAAGCAUUAUGCCCUAUUUGAUCUCGGGUCAUCCCAAUGGACCCGUCUACCUAAUAGCUGAAAAAGCAGCCGAUAUGAUUAAGGAGGAUCAUAACUUCGUAUAGAGCAAGCACACUAUGUUUUCUUAAGCCGAUGGGUUAUCUUAAGAUAUGUAUAUAAUAUUAUUCCAUUGAGUGAUUUCUAGUGAAUUAAAGACGAUACAAUACAGUAC